GGGGCGAUGUUCAUUCAGAGUUGAUCAUUUCCAUCCAACGAAAAGAAAAAGAAAAUCGCAAUAAUGUCAGGAUUCAUCGAGAAAAUUGAAGAGAAGCUCCACAUCGGAGGGGGCCAUAAGGGCGACGAGCACCACAAGAGCGGGGAUCACCACAAGGGCGACGAUCACCACAAGAGCGGCGAGCACGGCGCCAAGGCGGGGGAGCACCACAAGGAGGGGAUUGUGGAUAAGAUCAAGGACAAGAUCCACGGCGACGGACACGACCACGACCACAAAGGCGAGAAGAAGAAGAAGAAGGAGAAGAAGAAGAAGGAGGGCGAGCACCACCACGGCGGCCACAGCAGCAGCGACAGCGAUAGCGACUGAGCGCCACGCCUCGGCGCCCCAAAGAUCUCAUCGGGAUCAUCCUGUGUGUUUCUUCAAUAAAUUACUCUUCCUCAUCACAUCUCCUUUUCUGGACUUUUGGUUUUGGCCUUUUCUUUUAUGUAAAACUAAGAUCUAGUGUGGUGUAUAAUAAAGGAAUGUAAUGGUUGUACUUUACUUUCGACUCAAAUCUGUGUUCCUAAUUUUUCA